GGGAGACCAGAUAUAGUGAAUGCGGGUCCGGGAAGACCAGAUAUAGUGAAUGCAGGAUCCGGAGAGAGCAGAUAUAGUGAAUGCAGGGUCCGGGGGAGACCAGAUAUAGUGAAUGCAGGGUCCGGGGAGACCGGAUAUAGUGAAUGCAGGGUCCGGGAAGAGCGGAUAUAGUGAAUGCAGGGUCCGGGGAGACCGGAUAUAGUGAAUGCAGGGGUCCGGGGAGAGCGGAUAUAGUGAAUGCAGGGUCCGGGGAGAGCGGAUAUAGUGAAUGCGGGGUCCGGGGAGA